UUGACAUGUAAGACUUUUGACAUUAUAUCAAACAAAUUUUGAAAUUUAUUCAUCGGAGCACUAUUAAAAUUAAAAGACUAUAAAGCAAUACUCUAAAAUAAGAAUGAUUCAUGAGUGUCUAUUUAAUCUCUUUAAUAAUCCAGAUUCGGAAAGCUUGUCAGAAUCGUAUAAUUGGACUUCUCUCUUUGAGUUACAAGAGUUUUUACAUCCUGGGGAACAAAAACUCUUACAGACGAUAGUCGAGAUUGCUUUGGAUUAUCAUAAGAUAGUAGCAUUUACAAAAAUUGUUUUAAUACCAACACCUAAUGCAGAAACUACCACAACUCAGUUACCGGAAAAAAAUGUUCCUACUGGAUUAUACAUUAUAGCUUUCUGUACUGGCAUUUACAAAGUUUUAGAUGACUAUAGGAAAGAAAUCAUUGGUCUUGAAGACAUGUACUUGCAGAAUCCUCAACUUCCACUGACAUUCAUCCUCAGCAAAAUUGAGAAAUAUAGAACUCUUUUUCAAGUACUUCUCUCUAUGAUUAAUAUAAUUGAGAAUGAUAAUGUACAUGGUUGCUUACUGAUCGGACGUUUGCAUAAAUAUGUUAGUUGUGGAGUGGAUCAGAUUGUCACAGCAGCAGAUGAAAUCAUUAAAUCAAUGAAUACUGUCUUCUACAGACACUUAUGCAAUUGGAUCAUUUAUGGAGACUUGAUAGAUACAUAUGAAGAAUUUUUUAUUAGAGAUGGUAAGAACCCAGACGAAAAUUUCCUAUAUCCAGAACAAAUGGCUGAACUAGCCACUGAAAAUUUAACAAGUCUUAGUGUACAGAAACGCAAAAUUAGAAGGCCGUCCAUAGUCAGAAAUUUUUUCAUAAAUUGGCAAAUGGUACCGUUAUUUAUCAGUGAAGAUCUAGCAGAGAGCAUUUUGUUUAUGGGUAGAAUAGUAUGGAUUAUAAGGCAUGGUCCUAAAAAAUCUGCCGGUGACAAUAACUAUCAAAUAGAAUAUAAGAGAGAUAUUUGGGAAGGACAAGAUGUCGAAUAUUAUAAAAAGCUGCAGUUAUUAGAAUCCCAAUCAUUUAAUAAUAUCGAAUUCCAGAAGACAAUAGAAGAGUGUAGGGUUAAGUUAACAAAGUAUUUAUGGUCAAUCAUGUUGGAGGAGGGAAAUUUAGUUAAACAUUUACAUCUAAUUAGGGACUACUAUGCAUUAGGUAGAGGAGAACUAUUUCAACAGUUCAUACGGGUAGCAGAAGACCAUUUAAAAGACACGUCUUCGGAUUUAAUAGUGCAAAAUUUAAAUUUUAUCUUCCAUGAAACAGCUAGGAAAAUAUAUGGGGAGAACGAUAAGACCUAUCUGAAAUUUGAAUUGACAUCCAGUUCCGAGGUUACUCGUACGAACCCGUGGUCUAGACUGCAACUAAAUUUUGAAAUAGACUGGCCGCUCCACAUAGUUUUUCAUCCAAAAGUUAUGGAACUAUACAACAAAUUAUUUUGUUAUUUAUUGAAACUACGAAAAACUCAAAUUGAUUUGCAUAAACUCUGGGCAGAUCAGGUAUCAGAAAAAAGAAAAAUCGAUAGGCGAGUUUGGACCCUACGUCAGAACCUAAUGUUCUUGGUCAAUAACCUCCAGUAUUAUUUACAAGUGGACGUUAUAGAGGCUCACUUUUCCCUUCUACUGAAAGCCGUUGAAAACGCCAAUGGGUUCGAAGACAUAAUCAAAGUUCAUCAUGAAUUUAUUUCUGGCUUGUUGGCAAAAACUUUUGUUUCAACGCAGAAUCAGGAACGCACUUGUCAAAACAAACGAAGUCUGUAUCAAGUUCCUGAUGUCCAGUACGAUAUUCCCAGUAGGGUAUACAACAUCAUUAUCAAACUACUGGAAUUAUGCGAUCGUUUUUGCUUAGUCGCUAACACUUGGGAUUCUGAGUUGGCAGAUGUUGAACUCGAAGAGCUGGAAUCCUUCCAAAGUCAAAGCGAUGUAGUUAUAGAAUCGCUGUUAUUUAUACUUCAAAAGUUACACGAAAAAGCCAGCGGACAACAUUUGCUACAGUUACUUUCACAGCUCGAUUUUAAUAGAUAUUUUAGUAAAUAUAGGGCAGAUUUGAACUCAAGCUUAAUUUGAAGAUAUUGUGAUAACGA